CGGCGUCGUAACCUCAAAAUUGUAACGGUUUGUGGUGUCACAUUCUGAGACAUUUUCAAACCUGAAUGAUACACUAAUACUUCUGUGAUGUAGAAUGGCUACGAAGUCAAGGAAAAGUCUGUCAAAUUGGUCGACCUGUGAGAAAUGUCAGGCACUGGUAACGCAAAGAGAUGUGUCCGUUCAUGCCCUCGAGUGCCCACCGUCGACAGACAAUUGGAAUCAUGGAUACAUUCUUGACAAUAUUAUAUAUAGUACCAUUGAAACUUAUACAUCUCAAGAGCCAUUGAAAAAUGUUUCUCGAGAUGCAUUGAACGAUCUGGUUUUUAUUGCCCCGAGUACUUUAGAAAUCUGCAAUAUACCAAUUGGAGAUUCGGUAGCUCUUUUUGUUAAUGAUACUGUGGUUGUCAAAAUGGUGUGGCCUUCUAAUGAUAAGACGUUAACGAGCGUAUCAAUGACAAAAAGUGCAAUUGAAUUAAAUAAACUUGAGGGUUUGGUGAAAGUGAAGAAAAUCACAUCCACUUUAUCCAUCGCUCGUGAAAUUAUUCUCGAAAAUACAGGGAAAUACCCGACACCAGACGCAAAAGCUGAAUUCACGGUUUUAAUGAAAAAUUAUAAUGAAGGAAAAAUAUUUUGCAUCGGAAACAAAAUCAGCAUACCAUACUAUGGAAGAAAACUAAUUUAUAGAAUAGUAAAUAUCAAGCCCGAGAAAUCAUCCGCAAGUGAUGUUCAGGAAAACUUGUACAAAGAUUUGCCUAACGAUCUUAGUGAUUUAAGCCUCACGAAAGAUAAUGUACAGUUUUAUAAAGCUUUGUAUUCCACACAGUGGACCAUUAUCGAUAAUUGUAAAAAAGAAGUGCCUAAGAAAAGUAUGUAUACUAUCGAAGACAUAGGAGGAUACAGUGAAUUAAUAGAAGACAUAAAAGACGUCAUUAAUGUAGUGCUUGGAAAGUGUAAAACUAUAAAGGGUUUUAAUAUUUCAAAAGGAAUAUUACUCUAUGGAUCGGUUGGUGUUGGAAAAUCAAUGUUGGCAGAAGGCUUAAUAUCCGAAUAUAAUAUCAACACGUUUCCUAUGCGAGGCUCAGAGAUUUACAGCAAAUACGUUGGUGAAUCGGAAAACAAUUUACGUGACCUCUUCAAUAAAGCUAAACUUAACACUCCAAGUUUAAUUCUGAUAGAAGACAUUGACAUCUUCUGUCCUAGAAAGAGUAACUCAAGUACAGAUCAAGAAAGAAAAAUCUUGUCCACCUUAACAGAACUACUUGAUGAUCUCCAAAGUUCCAACGAACGUGUUUUGAUUUUGGCGACAACAUCUAAAAUAGACUCAGUAGACACUUCUCUCCGCAGACCAGGAAGAAUAGACAUGGAAUUCGAGAUGAGUGUCCCCAACCCAAUGAUGCGACGAGAUAUCCUCACUAAAUUUUUAGUGAAAGUGUCACAUAAUCUAACAGAAGAGGAAAUCAAGGAAAUCGCUUUCAUUACUCACGGGUUUGUAGGAGCCGAUUUAUAUGGACUUUGUUCAUGGGCAACGAUACAUGCCAGUAAACGUCAGCAUAAAACAACUUGUGGUUUAAUAAGAGAGGAAUCGGAGAUGACACUUUCGAUGGAAGAUUUCAAGUACGCACUUACAGUGGUGAAACCUUCCGCCAUGAAGGAGGUUUUAGUGGAAGUUCCAAAUGUAAGAUGGUCCGACAUUGGUGGACAAAAUGACUUGAAGUUGAAGCUGAAGCAAGCUGUCGAAUGGCCUUUAAAGCAUCCAGAGGCGUUCACAAGACUGGGCAUAACACCACCGAGAGGAAUCUUGAUGUUCGGUCCACCUGGGUGCUCGAAGACAAUGAUCGCGAAGGCGCUUGCUACCGAGAGUAAACUGAAUUUCUUGAAUAUUAAGGGCCCCGAGCUAUUCUCGAAGUGGGUCGGUGAAUCUGAAAAGGCAGUACGUGAGAUCUUCAGGAAAGCCAGACAAGUGGCACCUUCUAUAAUUUUCAUCGAUGAGAUCGACGCCAUUGGUGGUGAAAGACAAUCAUCAUCUGCCAACAGUGGAAGUAACGUUCAAGAACGCGUUCUGGCACAGUUGUUGACAGAACUCGACGGAGUAACCGCAUUGGGAAAUGUCACGCUAGUAGCUGCUACAAAUAGACCAGACAGAAUUGACAAGGCACUACUACGUCCAGGGCGUUUGGACAGAAUCGUGUAUGUUCCUCUACCUGACUCUGAAACAAGACUCGAAAUUUUUAAUAUAAAACUGAAAAGAAUGCCAGUCACCGAAGACGUUAACGUCCAAGACUUGGUAGAGCUUACGGAGGGUUACUCUGGUGCAGAGGUUCAGGCCAUUUGUCACGAAGCAGCAAUGAAAGCUCUCGAAGAGAAUUUGGAAGCCACCAUCGUUGGCAAGGAACACUUCAAAGCAGCUCUGUCAAUUGUAACACCGAGAACUUCUGGUUCACUGAUAAGAAUGUAUAAGAAUUACACAAACAUGAUAAUAUAAUGUACUCGUCAUCGAGAACAGUAUGACAAAGUCACUUAAUACAUAUGAUCUCGCACAAUCUACAAAAGCAGUUUAACAAGAUUGAUAGCGAUACGAGAUAAAGUCUGUAAAAAAUAAAUUUCGCAUCUGAUGGAA